AUGAAAACUGCCCGGCUUCAAGAAAACGCCCGCGCCCUUGAACCAAACCCCGCCCACCCCGCCCACUCCGCCCACCCCGCCCACAACGCCCACAACGCCCACAACGCCCACAACGCACACAACGCCCACACCUCCCACCUGGCGCCACUCCAGCCCCCACCGCCGCACCCCAUCCAGCCCGUGCCGCAGCCCGGCCCCCUCGUGCUGGAGCAGCCCCCCUCUGACCCCGUGGCCACCUCCUCCACCCAGGGGCUGUGCUGCGAGGAAUCCUACGAUGUGGUGGGGCCCGUAGCGCCGCAGAUGGGCCAGGUGGGGCCACAGGUGGGGCCUCAGGUGGGGCCUCAGGUGGGGCCUCAGGUGGCGCCCCAGGUGACCUACCACAAGUAUCCCCCCGCUCCCCAGCCCCCGCCACCCCAACAGAAGGUGGCUCAGGUGCCUCAGGUGGCCCCACACCCACAGCACGCCCACCACGCCCCCGCGGCCCUGGAGGAGGUGCCGCAGCAUCCUCUGCAGGAGUACGAGUGCUCCCAGAACUACACGCCCCAUGAGUACGAUCCUCUGCCGCCCCAGGUUCCUGUAGGAGACGAGGACGCCGGGGGGCUGGUGUAUCCUUCAGACCCCGCGCCCUUGGGGGACCCGGGAUACCUGCAGCCCUAUCCCUUGGAGACUCAAGCGCCCUUGGAGAGCCACGGCGCCCUUGACUACAGUGUCCUGGAUGCACUGUUUGACGGCGACCCCUACCAUCCUGCCGUGGGCGAAGGAUGCGCCGAAGGAUAUCAGGAUUAUCACCACUACUAG